CAUCUAUCCUUCUCGGGGAACCGUCGCCCAAGAAAAUGAAGACAGAACUUGGGAUGGUCGGAAUGCCAGUGCCCAUCAAGCAAGAAGAUUUCAGUCUAAUGCAGCCCACAUACGCGGCCCCCUCUCGCACCAUGUAGUUUACCGCCUGGCCCAGUGGGGCCUAUAGAGGGCGCCAUGGCACUUUGUAGCCAUGGGGUAACAGCAUUCAAUUUGACAACGAGUGUGUCGCUCGGAGCCCGUCUCCACUGAUGAUGGCCGAACAGAUGGGGCCCGUGCUGGCCGGACCGGGGGCCAAGAAAGAAAUGUCUUCCCUUCUCAGUGUUUUGACCAAACUCAGUCCAGACCAGCAAGAAGCGUUGAACAGGGCCAAGAAGUACGCCAUGGAGCAGAACAUCAAGAGCGUCCUCGUUAAACAGACAUUAGCACAUCAGCAACAGCAAAUGACCAAUCUUCAGAUGGCGGCCCAACGCCAGCGAGCAAUCGCCCUCAUGUGCCGUGUCUACGUAGGCUCCAUCAGCUUUGAGCUCCGAGAGGACACCGUUCGGCAGGCCUUCAACCCCUUCGGACCCAUCAAAAGUAUCAACAUGUCAUGGGAUCCCAUCACCAUGAAGCACAAGGGCUUUGCCUUUGUGGAGUACGACCUGCCAGAGGCUGCUCAGCUGGGACUGGAACAGAUGAACGGGGUGAUGAUAGGUGGAAGAAACAUAAAGGUCGGUCGACCCAGCAACAUGCCCCAGGCCCAACCUGUCGUCGAUCAGCUCAUGGAAGAAUCCAAGAAUCAUCCCCGGAUCUACGUCGCUUCUAUCCACGGAGAUCUCUCCACAGAGGACAUUAAGAGUGUAUUUGAAGCCUUUGGGAAAAUCAUCAGCUGUAACUUGCCAAUAGACUCCGCAACCAACAAACACAAAGGGUAUGCCUUUAUUGAGUAUGAUACGAUGCAGUCGGCUCAAGACGCAAUCGCCUCGAUGAACCUGUUUGAUCUCGGUGGUCAGUACUUGAGAGUUGGCAGGGGAAUUACUCCACAAAUGCAGCAAAUCCCUACAGCGACUACCCAAGGGGGUCUGCCCCCAGCAGCUGCAGUCGCAGCCGCCGCUGCAACGGCCAAAAUACAGGCCCUCGAUGCUGUCGCUGCACCAGCAGCCGCUGCAGCCGCCGCUGUCCUUAGUCUCAACCCGUCCGCCAUCGUCUCUCAGUCCAUGCCAGGCCCCGGACUACUCUCAGCACCACAGCUGGGACUACUCAAUAUGCCCCAAGCUGUCAUGGCCUCAAAUGCACCAGGCAUCAUCACAGGUGUGACUCCAAUCCGCCCGCCGAUCCCAACGAUCACCGUCACCACCUCCUCAUUGAUGAUGAACCCAACCUUUACGGCAGCCAUCGCAGCCAUGGCCCAGGCCAAUGCAGUUAGCACCCAGGCCGCUGCCGCUGCUGGGAAGGUCCUGAAGGAAGCCGAUGAUGCCAAGAAGAAGCUGGAGAGCGAGUUGCCCCAGACCAUCAGCGAGCAAGAGAACAUGACCAUAUCAGGAACCAGCGCCAGACACAUGGUCAUGCAGAAACUGUUAAGAAAGGUCGAGUCCCGUGUGGUUGUCUUGCGUAACAUGGUCGGCAUCGAGGACCUGGAUGAUGACCUGGAAGGUGAGGUGACUGAGGAGUGCGGUAAAUUCGGCCAGGUUAACAGGGUGGUCAUCUACCAGGAGAGGCAAGGGGAGGAAGAGGACGCAGAGGUCAUCGUCAAGAUCUUUGUGGAGUUCAGCGACCAAAGCGAGGGAGAAGCAGCAAUCGAUGCACUCAACGGUAGAUGGUUCGGAGGUCAUAUGGUCAAAGCGGAAUCCUACCCACAAGCCAAGUUUGACUCUAGCGAUCUCUCGGGUUGAUCCGCUUUUUCCAGCAUGUAGUGUCUAAUUAGUGUAAAAAUACCCCCCCCUUUUUCUAUUUUCAUUGUACAUGUGGCAUUAUGCCUUAAAUCAUAAAAGUUGUGUUCGAUUAGCUUCCCCGGGUCGACCUCAUUCGGGUGAGCCCCUGACUAGAGCUAAUCAAAAGAUCACUCCCCCUCUCGUGGUGACGUCAUGCACCUCUUGGCAGCCCCAAGUGACCGGUUCCACAAGCAGGGCAUUUGGGGCUGAUCCUGGUGAGCCCCUGGAAUGGCGUCAAAGCUCAUCGAAUGUAGUGGGGGCAGAUCGGGGAAGCUAAUCGAACGCACCCAGAGAUUACUAUGUAAACAAACAACUUCUUGAUCCACAAUGUAUUCCAGUUUUAUGGACCACCAAUGUUUAAAUAGCUGUAAAUAGCGAGAUAUAAGUAAGCAUCGAAGAAUUGGUGUCCAGUGUUUGAAUUCACGAAGCUCUAAAAGAUUUAUCUAACAAGCCUUACAAAUAGCUCUUGAAGGGGCAAAGCAAUUUUCCUCUGGUAAGGGGCACUCAUAAUAUGGGGAAAAAGCGUUCUGCUUGAGCAGCUCUAUGAAAUUGGGCCAAUGUUUUUGUAACACUGUUGAUGAUAUUGUUCUUAAUUGUAUAAAUGCAUGGGCCUUCCAAAUGCUUGAGUGAUGUGUCUUAAAAAUGCUUCAAGGCUGCAAGCCUACCAAGUCUCUAACAAAAUCCUACAUUGUCAAAGAUGAAGGCUUUGACUGAACAUGCAAAUCACCUAGUUACUCCUUCUGAAGCCUUGUAGAUGUACGUGCAACUUCCCUACGUCUCGUUGUUGUUACUGCGUUUUUCUAGUUGAGUAUCCACACAGUGCAUUUUAACACAGACCAAAAGUUAGAUCUGGGCCCAAUUUCAUAAGCCUUUUUGAGAUAUGGCGGACACAACGCUACAACAUAAGGUUUAGGUAAAUU